GCACCUGGCCAAGCAGAAAGGCCUUGGAGGCCAGAAACCUGGUGCAGUGUGCUUGGGCCACCUCCCGCGCCCCUUCCAGCCUCAGUUUCCCCACACGAAGCACAAGGGUGAUGUUGGCGCAGCCCCCGACCCCCCAGCACAUCUCAGAAGCGCACACAGCUGGCACAUCUGUUCGUCUCUCCCGAGAGAAGGCAGAGCCCGCGUCCCUCCGCGUGGCGGACGAGGCUCCGGACGCACACAGGUGGGGAUGCCCGGCGCGGUCCCCAGGGACGUCCCCGCAGCUGCUGCCUGAACUUGGUCACAGGGUCACGAUCCCCCACGGCGUUGCUGGUCCCGGGUAAGGGUUCAGAGGCUCAGUUGGCAGGCCUGGGUCACCUCCGGGGGGGCGGGGAGGGGCCCUGGCAAAUGUCCUCGCUGGGGGACACAGAGCGAGGUAGCAGGUGUGUGUUCGCUUCCUCAUAUCCUGCCCGCCCUCCCGGCUGCCUCCAGGGACACCGAAAGGGAUGUGAAAGGGAGGCCCCCAACCGCGGUGCCGCUGGGCGGGUGGUCACACGGAGAAAAAGCAGAGGGGCCCCCCAGGGUGGGGGUCGAUGGGAGGGCUCACCGGCCCGGCCAAGGGGCAUCUCCAGGCGGCCCGUUGGUUUCCCAGGCGCCGCCUCAUCACCAGCCGGACCUUCUUCCCCGCCCCCUUGUCGGGGGCGCGCCUCUGGCGCCGUUGGGGAGGGGGUCCCAGGUGCGCCUCGCACGGGGUCCAGCUGUCUGUCCUGCCUCCCUCGGUCAGCGCGGCUGAGCGGGGACAUUGCGGGAGGCAGACACAACCACACGUGCACCGGCUGGAGGCCGACGCGCGACCUCCUGACUCCUCCCGAGGUCUGGGUCUCCGGGAUUUGGGGGCCGACGUCCGCGGGGGACACACCCCCCGUCUCCCUGCACCAAUGGCAAUGCGGGCAUGGAAUGCCCCUGUUCCAGCAGCGAAGGGCCGGCCCCUCGCGCCCGGCGCACAUUCCCGGCAGGGCCGUGCGUGGGACCGUGCCUGCGGGGCCGACGGGGGUGCGGCUUCCCCAGCGCCCUUGCGCCGGGCCCUGCUUCUGAACGUACACCACGACAAGGACGCCAGGAAACCUUGUUUGCUUUGGGCACCGAACCGCGCGCUCCGGAGUUCCGCCUCCUCCCCAGCGAGUGUGAACCGAGCCCUGCAGAUCAGAGGGACUCACCUGUGCCCACUGUCCUGUCCCGUGGGCAGGUUCCAGCCGCCAAGGAUAAAGCAACCCCUUGGCCCAAGUUAAGGCUUUUAGACGAUCUGGUGCAUACCUCUCUUCCAGAUCAGCCUUCAUUGGAUGAAUGCAUCGAAGGCCGUGGAGUGCAUUUGACACCUUUUUGUGAAUAUUCAUCUCUGAGCUCGGGGUUGAAACAUUUCGGCUGAAAGAAAGAAGAUGGUAAACAGUUAAGGUCCGAGGUCCACGCGGCGUCUGUUGAGAUCCCUCGACUCUGCGGUGGUCGUGAACGCGGCCGGAGGCGACGUGUAACCAAAUGGGUACAGCGGUGUGCCAAUAAAACUUUAUUGACAAAAGCAAGCUGGGGGCCGGAUCAGGCCUGAAGGCUGAGUUUUUGUCCCCUGCUCUGUGGCCCCUGUGCAUGUGGUUGACUUCGGGGUGGAACAGUGAGGUCCCUGCCCACGGGCUGCUCCCCCAGGUGGAUAUGCUGGGGCCCGCCGU